UUGCAUAUUCAUAGUUGAGAGAGAGAGAGAGAGCAGAGAAGAGAGAUUUGUUUGGGUGAUGAAUGAAGUUUGAACAGAUACAGAUCAAUGACUCAAACUGUGUUGCUCUCCACUUACUCAGAUUUCACUGAUGCAGCUGGAAUUGCUGGGAACCUCUUUGCUAUUGUGCUAUUUGUGUCGCCCAUACCCACAUUCAGGAGAAUUAUCAGAAACAAGUCAACAGAACAGUUCUCAGGACUGCCAUAUAUAUAUGGACUCUUGAAUUGCUUGAUAUGCCUAUGGUAUGGCAUGCCCAUUGUAUCUCCGGGUAUUUUACCUGUUGCCACAGUCAACUCGAUUGGGGCGGUUUUCCAAUUAAUGUACCUAACCAUCUUCAUUAUACAUGCAGAGAACGCGAAAAAGGUGAAGAUGUUGGGACUCUUGCUAGUGGUUGUUGCUGCAUUUGGUAUUAUAGCAUUCAUGAGCCUCACUUUAUUUGAGCCUCCUAAUCGACAGAUCUUCGUUGGAUAUUUGAGUGUCAUUUCUCUUAUAUCCAUGUUUGCUUCUCCGCUAGUUGUUAUUAAUUUGGUGAUCAAAACAAAGAGUGUUGAAUUCAUGCCGUUUUAUCUCUCCCUUGCAACCUUUUUGAUGAGUCUUUCUUUCUUUGCAUAUGGAAUGUUCAAGUGCGAUCCGUUCAUUUAUGUCCCAAAUGGAAUCGGAACAGUUCUGGGAAUCGUACAGUUGGUGUUGUACUACUAUUACAGCAAUGCAUGUGGAAAAGCCUCAACAGAACCUUUGCUCGAGUCUUACGCGUGAACCAUUCUAUUCCAGUUUAUACAGUGAGUUUGCUUGUAAAUUGCCAUUGCCAUUGCAAUUGUCUUCUUUUUUUUUCUUUUUUUUUUGGUGAUUAAGUUGGGUUUUGAAAUCCAUAUGAUUUGAUGGAAAGCAAUGCUAUAAUCAUCAUUGCAGAUACAUUUGUACAAUUUUUAUAAUCUUGAUGCUCAGACUUGUGAAUUAUUGAUGGCUUAUGUGUGAGAAGUUAAUCAAAGGCACAAAUGGACUUGCUAUGA